AUGCAAACUCUGGAAUUUGGAUUUUAUUUAUGUGUUGAAUGCGUUGAUCGUUUUAAACAAUUCCCGUCGUCUGGAAAUAUUAAUCAAAGUUUUAUUGAACAUAUUGAAGGAAUAUUUCACGAAAUAUUUUAUGAACAAGCUGAUGUUGAUAAACAACUCCGUCAAUUUAUUAUUAGUAAUCAAGUUGUUCUUCGAGCCAUUGAUUUAGUUUCUGGUUUACUUCAACAAAUGAAAAUAUUAAUGGAUGAUACUAAUGCGCCAAUAUGGAGCAGCAGUCAAGCAAAACCGUUAAUUGUAUUACCGGUUAACAAUAACCGAAGAAAUACAAAACAAGCCAACACGAGUCGAUCUAGUAUGGAUGUUCAAAGUAAACUAGUAGAUAAUAAUUUGAUAUUAUCGAAUGACAGUUUUGAGCGUAAUCAGCAUACUACAACUGUAUCCAUGGCUCUGGUUACACUUAGUAAUGAAAAUGAUGUCUCAUGUAUUUUCGAUGAAGUUAGCGGUCAACUUGAAACAAAUGAGAAACAAAACUGUUCUCUUCCUGGUUCUCGAUUCGAACAUGAUGUUGUUGAUAUGACUGUUGUUCAAAAUGCUAAUACUUUAUUCGAUUUUGUUCGAAAUAUAAACACAGAAUUGGAUAUUAUUCAAAAUGCUCAUAACAAACAUUUAGAAAAUAGUACAGCAACUAAUAAUAUUACAGUUAUAGCUAAUACACAAGUCAUGUGCUCGGAGGUAAUUGGUGACGUUAGAGUGAAAAAUCAAGACUUAAACAAAAAAAAGAAGGAGGAUGUGGAUGUGGGUGGGGGUGGCGGUGGGGGUGUGGGUGUAAGCUAAAAGAAGGAUCACACCCACACCCACACCCAAACCCAAACCCACACCCACACCUACAACCACACCCACACACCCACCCACACACCCCACACCCACACCCACCCGCACCCGCACCCGCACCCACACCCCAUACCCACACCUACAUCCACACCCAUACCCACACCCACACCCACACCCACCCGCACCCGCACCCAUACCCACACUCACACCCACCUCUGUAAUUGACUAAAUCAAGGAUUUCGUAUCGGCCAUUCUUUACGAAAGCCCUACAAAAAAUACGUGACGAGUUGCAACCUUCUCAAUUCUGAUUUUUUCUUUCCUUUGAUUUUGUCAUAGUACGUAGUUGUUCUGUUUGAUGUGUAGACAGAUUCCAUUGAAGCGUUGUAUAUUAGAGUGCUCUUUCAUAUGGACGUUUUGAAUUUGGGAGCCGGCUCGUAUUCUUUUUUUGCAGCGCCGAAGUUUUACAUCCUGCCAUAGAAAUCGCGCUUAUUAAUAAGAAAAAAAGUUUACUGCUUAUGCUCUUGAGACUUUGUUGACUAACAAAACAUGAAAGGACGAAAGAAUUCACUUGAAUUUCGAAUGUACAAAUGAAGUGAGUGUUUUUUAAGAGAGAGUCCGCGAAAAACUCAAACAUUUUUCUAGACACCGACCGGGACAAAUUUUUUUCCAAUUUUAACUAUAUAGUUCGGAAGAGCACUCAUUUUUUGCCGACAAAUCCAAAAUUUUAUCGAUUUGAAACCUUUUCUAAAAAAUUUUAGCCUGUGUCAACUUUUUUCACCCCCCCGCCAUUUUGUUCGCAAAUUCACUGUUAAUCAUAUUUUGACAUUUUCUCUAAAAUGACUAACGCUGUCGAGUUCAUCGAAGUUUUAUUUGAUAGCUAUUAAGAGAGGGUUCGCGAGAGAAUCACCCUAGGUCGCCGGAGAAAAUUUUUUUUUUCGAUUUUAUUUUCUUAAAUGAUAGGUCUAGUUAAACUAUAGUUAAAACCAAAAUAUUAACACAUUUGGUUUUACCUAUAAAAAAUGCGAGCUAAAACAAGUUUAAGGGGGUCAAAAUUGACCCUAAAAAGUCGCUAAAAAUGGGUGUGCUCAGUAUUUUCACAUUUUCUCACGAAUGGUUUGACCGUUUGAGAUCGGGCACAUCUCAUUAGAUAGGGAAUAGUAUAGGCUACAAAUUUAUUCAACUUUGAUGAUUCAUAUCUGAGAUAAAAGAAACCUUAUAGAUCAAAAACCUUCCAAAUCUCAAGAAAUUCGACACUCUGGGAUAGCAGUAUUUUGGGCUUUUCUUGAGUGGUGCAAGCGGUCCCAAACUUCUUUUUUUACCAGACAUAGAUCUUAUCAAGAUACAUCUUUUGACAUUAAAUUGUCAAGAC